AUGACAGCCAUGAAGGGAGAUUCGGAAGACAGCAUCGAGAGCAUCAGGCCUUCGAAUCUGCAAGCCUUCGCCAACUCGUCCACGUUGCACGGCAUGAGCCACAUUUUCGCCUAUGGCCACAUGACAUUCCGUCGCUUCUUGUGGACUCUCUCGUUUCUGGGAUCUCUUGGUCUGUUGCUUCUGGUAUGCAUGGACCGCAUAUCGUACUACCUUGAGUUUCCUCAUGUCACCAAACUGGAUGAGGUGGCGGCACCAAAUCUCACGUUUCCUGCCGUGACGUUCUGCAAUCUCAAUGAGUUCCGCUUUUCCAAGAUCACCAAAAACGAUCUGUAUCAUGUCGGGGAACUGCUCGCCCUGCUCAAUGAGAACUACCAGAUUGCGAACCCGCAUUUAGCAGAACCAGAAAUCCUUGCUGCUCUGAAAGACAAGGCCAAUUUUGUCAACUUCAAGCCCAAGCAGUUCAACAUGACUGAUUUCUAUAACCGAACAGGCCACGACAUCAGUGACAUGCUUCUACAGUGCACUUUUCGAGGCGACAAUUGCUUCCCUUUCAACUUCACCACAAUUUAUACGAGAUACGGCAAGUGUUACACCUUCAACUCGGGCCUGGAUGGCAACCCCUUGCUGACAACGUUAAAAGGCGGCACAGGAAAUGGGCUGGAGAUAAUGAUCGAUAUUCAGCAAGAUGAAUACCUGCCAGUGUGGGGAGACUCAGAUGAAACGUCGUAUGAAGCAGGCAUCAAAGUCCAGAUCCACAGCCAGAAUGAGCCGCCCUUCAUAGACCAGCUGGGAUUUGGUGUGGCCCCUGGUUUUCAAACUUUUGUGUCUUGUCAGCAGCAAAUGCUUCAGUAUCUUCCACCGCCCUGGGGUGACUGCAGAUCUGCUCCUCUGAACUCGGAGUACUUCACCACCUACAGCAUAACAGCGUGUCGCAUCGACUGUGAAACCCGCUAUCUGCUGGAGAACUGUAAUUGCCGGAUGGUACACAUGCCAGGGACCUCCACUGUAUGCACCCCAGAACAGUACAAGGACUGUGCAGACCCUGCGCUGGAUUUCCUUGUUGAAAAGGACAACGACUACUGCGUGUGCCAGACACCUUGCAACAUGACUCGCUAUGGCAAAGAGCUUUCCAUGGUGAAAAUACCCAGCAAAGCGUCUGCCAAAUACCUGGCCAAGAAAUUCAACAAAUCAGAGCAGUACAUUGGAGAAAACAUAUUGGUUCUUGAUAUCUUUUUUGAGGCCCUGAAUUAUGAAAAGAUUGAGCAGAAGAAGGCAUAUGAAGUGGCUGGUCUAUUAGGUGAUAUUGGUGGGCAGAUGGGGCUGUUUAUAGGAGCUAGUGUCCUGACGAUACUGGAAAUAUUUGAUUAUUUGUAUGAGGUAUUUAAGGACAAAGUACUGGGCUACUUUCUACGUAAAGGACGGCCACGUCGGAGUACAAGUGAUAAUCUGGACUACUCUGAGAACCCCACCAGCCCUGGUGUCACGCCUAAUCAUACCCCCAGAGCACAUGCGACACACUCCGGAGUCACUCGGACAGUCUCGGAUUCGCGCCGAACGUGCUACCUAGUCACCCGACUCUAG